AUGCCUGCACUAAGCCCACCAUUCACCACACUCCUCGCAGCGGUCAUUUGUGCCAUCGCCGGCUACUAUGUCGGCAAGACCUCCGGCCUCCGCAAGGCAGAAAACAUUCAUGAACUGAAUGGAAAGGACACGGUAGUGCUUGAUGAUAACUUUGGCGCUGGUGCAGAUCGGAACACGGGUAUCAAAGCUAUCGAUAAGAAGGGGAAGGGAAAGGCUAAGGUGGAUGCGGAGGAUGGCGAGGAUGUGGAGUGGGAAUCGGAAGAUGAGAAUGGCGAAGAUGAAGAGGAUGACGACGGGGGGGUCAAUAUCAAUAAGUUCGAGAACAGUCAUGAAGCCUGCAAAAUGGUUUUGAUAGUCCGUUCAGAUCUCGGAAUGACAAAGGGCAAAAUCGCUGCCCAGUGCGGGCACGCAACUCUCAUGUGCUACAAAGCGUCCCAAAAGCAUGCCCCACACCUUGUGCGUGCCUGGGAAAAUUAUGGGCAGACAAAAAUCGCAUUACAAGCCAAAGGCGAGGACGAACUUAAUAUACUACAGGCGCAGGCAAUGAGUUUGGGUGUUGUCGCUAAGAUUGUGCAUGAUGCGGGCCGGACACAGAUCGCAGCUGGCAGUGCUACGGUGCUGGGUAUCGGACCUGCGCCCGUGUCUGUUGUGAACGAAAUCUCCGGCCAUCUAAAGCUACUAUAG